AUGGCUAAUCGAUGGUGGACUGGGAAUGUGGCAACGAUGCCAACAUCACCGACUUCACUUCAACAGCUGAAGAGAGAACAAGAGUUAAUGGAAAGUAACAACAACGCAAACUCGACUCCAACUAAUAGCAGUAACAGCAACAAUAAUGAAGACGACGAUAACCACAACCCUGAAGAUCAGAAUCCUUCGGAGCCCGGUAGUAGUAGUGGUAGGAGGCCGCGUGGUAGACCACCGGGUUCCAAGAACAAACCCAAACCGCCUAUUGUUAUAACGAAAGAAUCUCCGAACGCGCUGCGAAGCCACGUGUUAGAAAUUAGCAGCGGUAGUGAUGUUGCGGAGAGCAUAGCUAGCUUUGCCAACCGCCGUCACCGUGGUGUGUCGGUGUUGAGUGGGAGCGGCAUUGUGACUAAUGUGACGCUUAGGCAACCGGCUGCUCCCGGUGGUGUUAUUACUCUUCAUGGAAGGUUUGAGAUUCUGUCGCUUUCGGGUGCUUUUCUGCCUUCGCCGUCUCCGCCUGGAGCGACCGGGCUUACGGUUUAUUUAGCCGGUGGUCAGGGGCAGGUUGUUGGUGGCGCUGUGGCAGGUUCUUUGGUUGCUUCUGGACCUGUGAUGGUUAUUGCAGCUACUUUUGCUAAUGCUACUUAUGAGAGGUUGCCAUUGGAAGAUGAACAAGGUGGUGAUCAAGAGGAAAUGCAAGUUGAACAACAAUCUGGUGUGGAUUCAGCAACUGUUGCAGCAGCAGGAGUUGCUUCUUCUCAAGGUUUGGAAUUCGUCGAACAACAUCAACAACACCACCAUCAUCAUCAACAACAACAACAGGUUUCAAUGCCUAUGUAUAACUUGCCACCAAAUCUUAUGCAUAACGGUAAUCAAAUUCCUCAUGAUAUGUUUUGGGGUCCUCCGCCUCCUCGUCCUCCUCCUCCUUUCUGA